AUCAACAUUGGUGUUGUGAUCUUACCUGGAAAGUAUGGGCUUCUGGUAUCGAAUAUUUAAGACAAAAUAAACAUUUUACCAUUGGUACACGAAUGUAACAAGGGACUCACAGAACGGAGCUAGACAUAUUCUAUACAAGUUGGAGAGUAUUCGCAAUAAAUACUAUCGGUGUAGACUGGAAUAACCAGACGGUAGAGAGAUUGCCAUUCGAUUGAGACUUCUGGCGUAUUUCGCCGAACAUAACUGAUUUGAAAUUAGAGUACAAAAGACACGAUUGAAUGUAAUAUAUAUAUACAUUCACAUUACAAUAUUAUAUGCGUUGCGAUGUAUUAUACAUCAUUAUGUAUUAUAACUGCACCGAUGAUUAAUAUUACCAGGGCAUGUGUUUGACGUCCAUCCGAUCACUGCUUUUUUUUCCUACAAAUUGACACCAGGCUCUGCCAGUAACAGGCAAGUGAAUGGGGUGAUAUUUUGAAACAGGCGAAAAUUCGUAGUUAGAUAGGAGAAAACAUGGCGGGUAGGGAGUCAUCGAAGUAUACCUAUUUUGACAAAACUAAACUUGAGAUUAAACCAACUAGCCGCCUUGUUAAUAUCCUGUACGGACCAUUCAUUAAACACAAUUUUUUGGUUCACUGUGGAAUUAUCCUAGAGAAAGAAAAUGGAAAAUUUGCAGCCAAGGAGCGUUUCUGGCAUAUAUUUCCUACCGGUGGACGAUAUAGUAUCAUAGGCGACGCCAUUGCGUUUUUAUUCUGGUACAUAUUUCUACUGUAUCCGUUUGUUGCUAUUGCUGUUGGAUGUUUUUGUCGGAACCAAGUCAAUAUAAUUAAUGCUGUUAUAUUAUGUAUAAUAAUGAUGUACCAUCUAAUGACUGUAUUUCAAAUAACCAAAAAUAUUAAAAAGUUUAAACGAAUGUGGUACAUAUCUUUAAUUGAACUAAAGACGUAUCUAGGUUUACAGAAUGUAAUUUAUCAAGUUGGCGUAUCUGAUGUAGAUAGUCUAGAACUUAUUCCUUGUGAUAAAAGGAAGAAAAUUACACAAAAACUAUGUCAACACCCAGAUGCCCGAGUUAUAUUAAUGUUAUGUACCAGGAGUUUUUGGAGUGGUUGUUUUCUCGAGCCUGUUGUGUGUCUGUCUUUAGGAGCCUUCUCUUGUCUUAUAUCUGCACUCGUACAACUAGAAACAAUGAACGGUCUCCCCUGAGAUAACCGUUGCAGCCACAGAAUUAUCUUGUAAUUAUUCAAUCGCUGUUAUGGUAUUGGUAAACUCACCGACAGCACAGUGUUAUGGCCAUUGUCAACCAAAUGUGACUCAGUCGGAAAAGUGUUUCUGAAUUCGGUAUAUUCUUUUCACAUUUGAAAUUUUGGAUAGUCCACAACCAUACGAUAGCAACUGCUUGUUAGAAGGCCUUAUUGUUUGUGAUGGAGAACAAUAAAACGUGAACAACAAUUAUUUUCAAACACAAAUGUGUCUUGUUUCCAACGUCUGGACUAUGGCCGAAAAUUCCAUAAUGAUUGACGUAGAAGGGACGAAUUUCGUUAGAAAUUGACGUAGAAGGGACGAAUUUCGUUAGCAACUGUGUGAAAAUAGUAACAGGAUCCGGACUGGCAUCGUUCAUUCCAAACGAAGAAACCAAAUCCGAACACUGAAACGGAUGACUUCUCAAAAGGUGCUACCAUUGAGGAUAAUAUGGUUAAAGGGCAAUGUUGGUGUGGACCAGUUUUACAUACUUAUGUGAUAGAAUAGGUUUCAACACAUUCCAAGUAUUAUUUUAGCAUAGAGAUAUGUGCUACAGCGGAUUCUUAUCAACGACUUAAAUUUACCAGUAGUGGUAUAAAGUAAUUAGUUAUUGUUAUUGACUGAAGAAGAGAGUGAUUUAAAAAUACUACAUAUACGACCUUUUUAGCUCUCACAAACUUGUAAAAUGUGAAAAGGUAUUAUCUUGUAAAUAUAUGACGAAUAGUUGUACAGUUUAUCAUCUCAUAAACAUAUGAAAACUAGCUGCUGUCAAAUGAAAUAUUCCCGCUUUUUAUAUUUUUUUAUAAAUCAUAUUUGCUAGCUUUUAAGAAGAAUUUUCACCCCACUAUAGUGAUAAUUUUGAUGAAUUUUAAGAUAUAAUAAAUUAUAAUGUGUAA